GGACGAGACCAUCUCUGAAACACAGAUGGUGGUGGUCAGUGUUCAGCGUGACGUCUGUUGAGUUCACUACAGCAGAGAUUCUGUCUCACCUGAGGACCAGGUGAACAUGUGCACCACCCUGACAGAAUGUUAGAAAAAGGGAAGUCCAACAGAAACCACAGAGACAUUUGAAACACCAUCAGUUCAACCAUCAUUAAAUCAACUGUGUUGAAAAGUAAGGAUGGCAGUCAGGAACCAAAAGAUUCUCUGGAGCUUCAUGUUCAUGCUGGCUGGUGCUGUGGGUCUGAGUGUGAACUAUCCACCUCCUGUUUGUGCUGUAAAAGGGUCGACUGUCACCCUCCCCUGCACCUUCACACCACUUCAGUCUGUCGAUGUGGAUGGAAGAAAAGUUCCGAUAAAGAUCGUCAGAGUCCGCUGGUGUCAGAAGUAUCUGGUUUGUCAGGGAUCCACCCCGUCUGUGUACGACAGUGAUUCAACAAGCAACGACCCUCGUUACAAAUAUCUGGGGGACAAGAAGGGAAACUGCACUCUACAGAUCACAGAUGUAAGGGGAGAAGAUGAAGGAAAUUUUCGCUUCAGAAUGGAAGCUGAUGACAACAGAGGACACUGGACUGAACAAUCAGGAGUGGAAGUCUCAGUCACUGACGGCACCACAAUGAAGAUAACCAGCUCCAGCGGUGACGGACAGGUGAGAACAGGUGAAAGCGUCACUCUGUUCUGCUCUGCACGCUGCACGUUCCACCAACUGAAGGUCACCUGGUUCAGAGAUGACCACGCCCUCUCAGAAUCUGGCCCCGCCCUCCAGCUCAGCUCUCUGACUGUAAAGGAUUCUGGGAACUACACCUGUGGUUUACAGACCAGCACUGAGACUCGCUCCGGGCCGUACAGCCUGCGUGUGGACGCUGGAGAGGAAGAAACACUCAGUCCUUCAGUCGACAUGCUGGUUGUCCGUGUGGUUCUCUUCAGUCUGCACACCGUGCUCAUCGUCACUGUGGCGUCCAUCAUCAUCAGAAGGACGUGUCUGAAAGAAUGAUGCGGCAGCAGAGGGGUGAGGAAGCCUCCAGACUUCACGGAGCAGCUGUGACGUCCAGAAGAACAGAGUGAAGCUGUCAUCUCUAACCGCUGUCAUACUGUGAUCCAACCUGUAGACACACAGACAGGUUCUCCGCUUUAACAUGUCAUUAUGAAGCAAAUCUUGAUCUCAAAAUGUUACAAUGUGAACAUUAUAUUAAGAUAUUAGAUAUGGAAUAAUAAACAAACCAUCUGCUUUCCCUGUAAACCCUCUGUAGAGUUGUGUCUGCCACCAGGCACGAAGGAUAACGAUCCAUUUCUAUUCUAGACUAAAUGAUUCCAUUAACUCAUGCUUUGUUCUGUGAUUUACAACUCUGUCCUGCAGCAACACCAAUAAUAACCCUCCGUGGAGACACAAGGGGGGAAGCUGUCUGUGUUCACUUCAUUUGAUUUACUUUAACUUUUUUCAUUGCAAACAAUAAUAACAUCUUAAAAGCUUGAGUGAAAUUCUGUAUUUUCAUCACAUAUUCUCUGUCUGGACAUGAUUUGAUACUCAGAGACUCUUUGAUUAGAAAUACAAUUAGACUUCUGACUUUUGUAUCCACUUUUAAUGAAAAUGCACAUUACUCUCUGAUCAUCUCCAGGUUUAUGUGACAUUACUAGAGAUUUUUAAUGUGGUUCCAGGUGUUUGGACCCUCCUGUAUGUGUCUGCAGUGAACCAGAACACUGCAGUUCUCUGUCUACUGUUCCACGGCAGUUUAAUAAAUAGUUUCAGUCCUUAAACGUGUUUAUAAUAUUUCUAUCUGGUGAAGCGCUCAGAGGCUCUGAUCUGAAUAUUUAACAAGAUGAACCUGAAGUUUAAAUAAUAUAAAACUUUGGUUUCAGUCAUGUGCUGUUUUAUACUUUCUGCAUUUUACAGAAUUUUGUAUAAUUAUGUUUUAUAACAUUUUCUAUGAUGCUCUGAAAUAAUGAAAUACUUCUGCAUCUGAAAAGUAAAACAUGAUUUGUUUCAGUUGUUAGCUGCUCACCAGAUUCAGUUAUAAAAACUGUGGAUUUAAGAGUUUUUGUACAAACAGAGAACGAUGAAACUAACAGCUAGUUUUAUGCAACUGUUUAAGCAGGUACAACCUCUGAUGCUAACAGCUAACAGCCUUCUAAGUAAUGGAUGACUGAUAAUGAAC